AUGAGCGGGGCGGCGGCAGCGAGGGAGCUCAGCGAGGCGAAUGCGCUUGAGCCUUCCCCCCUUUCGCGGGAUGGCGCGGAGGGGCUGCAUGGGGAUAGGGCCCCGCCGCCAUCGCCGUUGCAGCUCCGUGGAGACCCGUGGCGGUACGUGGUGGGUUUAAUCUUCUGCAUCGUAUCCGUUUCGAACGCCAUGCAGUGGAUCACGUUCUCCGCAAUUGUAGAGGAGGUUCGCGCGUAUUUUGGUAUGAGUGCUGUGCAGGUGAAUUAUCUUGCUACAACGUACGUUAUCGCCUAUGUGUCUAUCGUUUUUUUAAGCUGUAAACUCUACGAGGUAACUGGGUUGAAGGUGGGCGUCGCGAUUGCCGCCUCGGCAAAUGCCAUUGGGUCUGCAAUUAAACUUAUUGCACUCUACCUAUGGCCAAACAUGAUCCUCUUGUAUGUGGCGCAGGUGUUUAAUUCCGUCACCGAGGUCCUUACAAUUGCCACCCCGCCGCUCAUUGCGAAUCGUUGGUUCCCGGAAGGCCAGCGGAUGGUCGCCAACACCGUAUUGAGUAGCGCCCUCAAUUUCGGUUGCGGCAUCGGGGUGUUGAUUCCAACCUUCUUCGUUACACCGGAGAAGCGGGAGCGCAAGCACUUAGCGCACCUGUUUUGGUUUCAGUUUGCAAUAUGCGCCGGUAUAUUUCUUAUGGCUAUAUUUUUUAUUCCCUCGCGCCCUCGUUACAUGGCAAGCUACGCCGCGGCACGACAGCAACACAAUGAGGAGAAGCGUUUGGAGGCCGUUCGAGGCAUUGUGCGACGUCGCAAAGUCCGAAGCGACGGUGGGCAGGUUCAACAACGGCAGGAAGAUAAGGAACGAGAAGAAGAGGGGGAGACUGUUGUCUGUGAGGAACGUGAUGCGCAGGAUGUGCAACCCAUCAAUGUGUUUUCCACCAUUAUGGAUGCCCUCCGCAUGCUAAAGGGGAAUCCCUCCUUUGCGUUUCUCAUGAUGGCCAGCGCGGCCGAACUUGGCCUUAUAUGGGCGGUCGCCACAGUUCUACCUCAGUGUUUGAGUCCGUUUGGCGUGUCAGAAGUAGAGAGUGGAUGGAUCGGCUUUUCAAAUCUAGUCCUUGGCACAGUUGUGGCGCCGUUUUUCAUGCCCCUCGUGGAGCGGAGGCGGCGGUACAAAACGGUACUGGUCUGCAUUGCCAUGAUCCUCACUCUGAACAUGUCUGUUCUAGUCCUCGCUCUGUCGUUUGGUCCACCUCCGCGUGAUAACCGUACGUAUUAUGUUGCAGUGUCGUUUCUUCUUUGGGGCGGUGUAGCGGGCCUCUGCCAAAACUUCAUGAUGCCGCUUAUGUUUGAGUUUGUUAUCGAGCUUACCUUCCCAAUGGCGGAGUCGACAAGUGCCCCCGUACUGACCUGGGCGGCCUGCCUAUCGAACCUUAUUUUAACUAUCGUGUUUGGCAAAGUGCUUGGGAAUGCUCCCACACGGGGCGAGGCACUGGAUGUUUUUAUAGGGGCAACAGUUGUCUGCUUUUUGGGGGGCCUCUCACUCUUGUUGGUGUACCCGUACCGACGAAGACGCGAGUAUGAGCUUCUCAUGAAGGAGAGGGAUGAGACGUCGUCGGCCGUCGCCGCAGCAGCUUAG